AUGACAAAAGCAACGGAUCAGAAUAGUUGUCAGACGGCGGAGGCGAUUGGAACUCGAGAAUCGAAGACGAAUCUGCUUGUGAUUGAUGGAUUGCCCAACUUGAACUCGACUGAUGCCACUGAGAACGGAGGGAAUACGACCGAUAUGGAACAUUCUGGACAUUCAGACUAUCCAGAUUUGCCAAAAGGUGGAGGAGGAGCCACUUCCGAUGAGGAAUACAUCCGUCUCAACCUUCUCCCCCACUUAUGGUAUCACGGAGUGAUGUUUGGCAGAACAGCCGAAAAACUGUUGAAAUGGGAAAACGCGUAUCUGAUACGUCGAGCAGUGCUCAGAAACAGUAAAUUUCUGUGCAUCUCUGUGUGCAUGGACAAGAAAGUGCUCCACUUGCCACUGAGUUGCAAUCUGGAAGGAUGGGUUUGUCGGACGCUAUUCGAGAAGUUCCCAGCGAUGCCAAACAAACGAUACACCCAUAUUCUGGAUCUACUGAAUGCGUGGUCACUGUCAACCAAUUAUAUAGUGCCGUUUCCACGAGACAAGAUGAUUCUCUUGCAUAGCUCGAUUCAAUUCGGUUCCGUACUGGGAAAAGGGGCGUUCGGUGAAGUGUUCAAAGGGAAAUACACUCCGAUUGGAGGCAGUGAUCCGGUUGAAGUGGCUGUGAAGAGAAUGAUUGGAGAACCAAAGAGAGAACAAAUUGAGGACUUUAUUAAUGAAGCAAGUAUCAUGUCUCUUCUGGAUAAUCGGAAUGUCGUCACAUCGUAUGGACUCUGUACACUGCAGUUUCCAGUCAUGUUGGUCAUGGAGCUGGUGUCGGGAGGAGAUCUCAAGAAAUAUCUCCAGAAGACGCCCAACAUUCCCAACAAACAAAUCAUCCUGUUCGGUCUGGACAUUUCGAAAGCAAUGUGUCAUUUGGCAUCGAAAUCCGUGAUUCACCGAGACCUGGCCGCCCGUAACUGUCUCAUCACAAAAGACGUUCGUGUCAAAUUGUCAGACUUCGGUCUGUCAGUGCAUGGCAAGCAAACGGUGGUCAAGAAUCUACGGAAGGCGCCGAUUCGAUGGUUGUCACCGGAGACACUCUCAAAAGGAAUAUUCAAUGAGAAGACGGAUGUCUGGUCGUACGGAGUGCUCUGCACUGAACUCAUGACUCGGUGUGCAGCCGAUCCGCUGGCACCGAGAGAUUUGAAAGAGGCGCAGAAAUGGAUCAAGGAGGCCGAUCAUCCGCAUCGAAUCGACGGUGGUGAGCCGAGAGAGCUCAUCGAGAUUGUCGACUAUUGUUGUGAGAAGUCGCCGAGUGCUCGACCAGAUUUUAUGAUUGUCAGGAACAAAGUGCACAAGUUGCAUCAGAAGUUUGCGGAUCUCGAGUUGGCACACGCCUUGAGUCCCAAUCCAAAUGUGACUCCGCCCCCGCAGACUCCGAGCCCAAAUCCAGUUGAGAAGAAAAAAUCAGAGGACCGCAGAAGUAACACGGAUCGUCGAAGCAACCCGGAUCGUCGUGGUCCGUCGAAUGCGACGUUGACUCGAAAGAAAUCGAGAGAUCAGAAUACGCGGAAGAGGGAGAAGACGGCGGAGAGGAAGGCGAAGGAUAAGGAGAAGGGAAAGAAGGGCGGUCCGAUUGGAAUGUCAUCGACGAGACGGAAGGAUCAGAAGGCGGGGCCUGUGGCACUGCCGGCGGGAAUGAGUCCAGGCAACAAGUAG